AUGACCCGCACCAUCGGCAGGCCUUCAAGAGCGACAGGCCGUGAAGAUGAAGAAGUCGGCCACCGCCGGGAGACCAUUCAUACAUCACCGUUGAUUGAUCACAGACCAUUCAUCUGCAUAGCUCAACAGCGAUGUAGGCUGGACACCUCGGUGAGGAGGGAAGAGGUGGGGAUGAGACGUCAGCAGGGAGGCUGGGCCGGAGCAUCUCAUUGGUCGCUAUUGGCCACGCCCACCACUCAAGGGGUAGAUCUUUUCAUCCACCCUCUUGGCCAGCCUUACAAGUUACUGCACAGACAGACAGAAAGCAAUAUACACCCAGCUGACAGUGAUACAUCGCUCUGCCUCUUGCUAAUUGACUCCCGCAUUGCUUCUGCUUCUGCUGCGGAAUACGAUCUCGGUAUUUGUCCCUCAGCAGCUCCUCCUUCCAGCUGCUGGACAUCCUUAAUGGAUUGA